CUGUAAGGUAUUUUAUGAAGCGGCAUACACUGGUCUUACUACAUUAUCCGCGUGCUCUGUUUAUAAUUUAGAAAUUGUUAAUUUUUGGAAAUAGCCAUGGAUGACGAAGCGGAAACCUACAAGCUGUGGCGCAUUCGCAAGACCAUCAUGCAGCUGAGCCACGAUCGGGGCUACCUGGUGACCCAAGACGAGUUGGACCAGACCUUGGAGCAGUUCAAGGAAAUGUUCGGCGACAAACCCAGCGAAAAGCGACCUGCUCGUUCCGAUUUGAUAGUUUUGGUGGCCCACAACGACGAUCCCACGGACCAGAUGUUCGUCUUCUUUCCCGAGGAGCCGAAGAUCGGCAUCAAGACAAUCAAGACGUACUGCACUCGCAUGCAGGAAGAGAACAUCCACCGGGCCAUCGUUGUGGUGCAGGGCGGCAUGACGCCCUCCGCCAAGCAAUCGCUCGUAGAUAUGGCCCCCAAGUACAUCCUGGAACAGUUUCUCGAAUCCGAACUGCUGAUCAACAUCACGGAGCACGAACUGGUCCCGGAGCACGUGGUCAUGACCGUCGAGGAGAAGCAGGAGCUGCUCAGCCGUUACAAACUGAAGGAGAACAUGUUGAUGAGGAUCCAGGCGGGCGAUCCCGUGGCCCGGUACUUUGGACUCAAGCGCGGCCAGGUGGUUAAGAUCAUCCGUUCCUCUGAGACGGCGGGACGGUACAUAUCCUAUCGAUUGGUGUGCUGAUCCUGGACUUAUGAAUUAUUUUAAGAAACCUAUGAUUUAAGGAAAAGGCAGCGAGUUGUACACUUUAAUAAAUCGCAAUCUUUUCAGUAAGUUGUGUGUUUGGUAUUGGCAAGAAAUUAAAGUACUCGAAAUUAAAUGCCCUUGAAUGCUAGGAACUAGUUCAAAGUAUCAGCAUUUUACUUAAGAGAAUCAAUAGUACAAGUUGACAAAAUGAUAUAAAUUUAAAAUAGUGUAUUAAUUUUAGCUGAGCAGCAAAUCCUAAUCCAUAAAAAAGUUUAUAUUUGUUUCUUUUGAAGCGCUA